AUGGCGGAACAGACGAAUCUUUACAGCGUCCAAGAAACCCACAAUAAUGUGAACACGACAGCUGACGAAAUAAGGAAGCUUUUUGGUAUCCAUAUUCUGAUGGGUGUCAUUGCUCUGCCUCGCGUCAGCCUCUACUGGGACCCCAUCAUGAAAGUUCCCUUGAUCAGCGAGACCAUGUCUGAGAAAAGAUUCUUCAAGCUCCGCAACACUCUGCAUGUUGCAGCUGAAGCUCCUGGUGAACGAAACGACGAUCGCCUGUGGAAACUGCGCCCUUUCUUGGAUCAGAUAAGGCAGCGGUGCUUGGAGCUUGCCAUUGAACAAGAAUCGUCAAUUGAUGCGCAGAUGAUUCCCUUCAAAGGUCAACUUUCCAUCAAACAGUAUGUCAAAGGCAAGCCAACCCCUUGGGGGAUCAAAAUAUUCGCUCUCUGCGGUAGGAGCGGCCUGCUUUAUGACUUUGCGGUUUAUCAGGGGGAAAACACAAUUCCCGAUGAGCUGAAGAAAAACUACGGCCUUUGUUCUGGUGUUGUAUUACACCUGUCUAAAAGAGUCCCAACUGGCUGUAAUUGUCAACUCUACUUUGAUAACUAUUUUACGUCAGUGCCGCUCCUCCGCAAACUGCGAAACAAAAAAGAUUCUCGCGCAGGGACUGUGCGGAGUAACAGGCUGGGCAAGUGUCCUCUUGAACCAGCUAAAGUAAUGAAAAAGAAAACGCGAGGAUACUCCAUUGAGUAUGUCACAAGUGACGAUAUUGUUGUGGUUUCGUGGAAGGACAACAGCAGCGUAUGUGUGGCUUCCAACUUCGUUGGAAUCGGAAACCAACAGCAGGUAAAAAGAUGGGACAAGGCCAAGCGUGAACACAUCUUUGUAGAGCAGCCGGAAGUAAUUACGAAGUACAACCGGAAUAUGGGAGGCGUCGACAAGAUGGACUUCCUGCUUAGCCUGUACCGGAUCAAAAUCAAAUCAAGGAAGUGGACGCUAAGAGCACUCUUUCAUUUUGUAGACAUUGCUGUAUGCAAUGCUUGGCUAGAGUACAUACAGGAUCACCCGGACAUGCGGAGGUCAAGGAUACUGGACCUCAUGCAUUUCCGCCUGCAGAUUGCGGAGGCCCUCAUCACGUCUGUGCCAGGCAAGAGAAAGCGUGGGAGGCCAUCACAAGAAAUUGAAGAUGCUCCCAUGAAUCCCCCGCACAAGAAGGCAGCGCGCAUCCAGCGGCCAUGCUCGAAUAGCCGUUACGAUGGCGUGGAUCACUGGCCAGAAGCUCGAGAUCAAGCAGUCCCAUCAAGGUGCAAGUAUGAAGGAUGCAGAGGAAGAUCCCGAAUAUUCUGUAAAAAGUGCCGCGUGCCGCUUUGCCUGACGAAGGAUCGCAACUGCUUUUACAGAUUUCAUGUUUGA